AUGGACGGACGGACAGACUUGCGGUGUCUUGGAUGGUCGUCUCCAGUGUUCCUUUUCCACUGCCGUGGCGCUCACGUACAGCGUACAGCGUACCAUCGCUGGCAAGGCGAGAUCGGGUGCAGCGCGUGUUCCAAGUUUGACCGUUCGUCACUGCCCUUGCACCUGACCCAGCUGCUGACGCCCCUUGCGCCCCUCGCGUACCCAUCCCAUGUUCCUGCCCACGUCCACUUCUCAGUCGUGCUGAUCCAUCCAUCAGGCACGGGAAGCACCGUCUGCGGAAGAAGAAGGAGAGACGAGGAGCGCCGACCCCCACCCGCGCCUGCCUGGGCUGUCACGGCACCGUUUGGAUCUGCACCUCCCGUCCCGUUGGUGGUCGUGAGCUGGCCCUGUGCCUCCCCCCCCCCUGUGCUUCCUCCAAGCUACAAAGACCCUCUCAAGCCUCUUCCACCCACUUGGACACUUCUAGCCAAGGCCAUGUUGGGUGAUAAGAAUCCAUCUGCUUCGAAUUCCCCUUACCAACAUCCCCUAAGCGAGCUCGGAACCCCCCUUCUACAGCCCUCCGAGCCUGGCGAACCUCUUCCUCUGCGCCUCGAACCUCUGCGCCAACGUCUCCGAACCGAACCUUCGACAGCGAGCGCCGGCACGCUACACCCUCUUGGUCUCAUGUGGGAUUACACGCUCAAGUCUCCCGCCGACCCCCGUGAAGUCUUCGAGGAUGGCGUUCUCGACCACAUCUUGGACGACCACCCCGAAAGGCGAACACGAUGGAGUCGCUUCCGCCUCUGGCUGGCCCAGGGAAGAUGGAACGAAAAGGAGCACACGUGUGUCUACGUGAGUAGCAACGUCUCCUUUGGUUUCGCCUUCGCAACAGACGUCAUCGUUGAGCAAUCGAGAUUCUAUAACCAGGAGGCUACCAUUCCGUAUCAGCUGUUGCUCAUCCUGUCGACCCAGAUUCUGGGCUACGCCUUUGCAGGCAUUACGCGCCGCUUUCUGGUUCGUCCUGGCGGCAUGAUUUGGCCCGGCACGCUCAUGUCUGCUGCGAUGUUUGGCACUCUCCACAAGGAGGAGAACAAACCGGCCAAUGGCUGGCGCAUGUCCCGAUGGAAAUUCUUCUACAUUGUGUGGACGGGAGCCUUCGUCUUCUACUUCCUGCCGGGACUUCUCAUGCCGUGUCUCAGCUACUUCAACGUCAUCACCUGGUUUGCACCGAAGAACGUCGUCAUUGCAAACCUGUUCGGGGUGUCGUCUGGACUUGGCCUCUUCCCCCUGACUUUCGAUUGGGCGCAGAUCUCUUACAUUGGCUCUCCGCUCUUGGUACCAUUUUGGGCGGCAAUGAAUGUCAUUGGUGGCAUGUUCGUCGUCAUGUGGUUCGUCGCGCCGAUUGCUUACUACGGAAACAUGUUUUACUCUUCCUACAUGCCAAUCUUGUCGUCGGCUGUAUUCGACAACACCGGAAACGUCUACAACGUCAGCCGCAUCCUGACUGACGAGUUUCUCUUCGACAAGGAGGCCUACACGAACUACAGCCGUGUCUUCCUGCCCAUCACCUACGUGCUGAGUUAUGGAGUGCAAUUCGCAGGUCUAGCUGCGUUGCUCACGCAUACGGCCUGCUGGCAUGGAAAAGACAUGUGGGAGACUUGGAAGACAUCUUGGCAGGAGGCGCGGGAGGAUGGCAAACCAACCUACCAGCCUGUUUCAAACGAACCCGAUUUUGCCGCACCCGACAGCCCAGCAACGCCGGGCCUGUCAAGGGCAUCCACAAAUUCAGACAGCCAUCUCUUCAAGGAGGAUGUGCACAGCCGACUGAUGAGACGUACGUACAACGUCAUGCAGCGGAUUCAUUCCACUAACUUUGCUUGCAGCUACCCGAUUCACCUGCCAUGGUAUGGAUUGCUACUUGCAUUGGGCGUCUGUGCUGUCUUCUUUAUUCCCAACGGCAUAAUCAUGGCAGUGACGAACCAGCAUAGCAGCAUUUAUCUCAUUUGCCAGCUGAUCUGCGGUGCUGUCUUCCCCGGACGACCUAUUGCGAACAUGGUGUUUGUGACAUACGGCUACAUCUCCUCAGCGCAGGGCAUCAAGUUUGCUUCGGACCUCAAACUCGGCCACUAUAUGAAGAUCCCUCCUCGCAUCAUGUUCUCCGUUCAGAUGGCGGCGACCGUGGUCUCGUCGAUCACACAGAUCUUUGUGCUCAAUUGGAUGUUCGCCAACGUUCCCGGCAUUUGCACCAAGGAUGCGGUCAAUGGAUUCACCUGCCCGUUCGCUCGUGUUCACUUCAACGGCUCAAUCCUAUGGGGCGUUGUUGGGCCCGGCGAGUUCUUCGGACCCAACGCGACCUACAGGAGCCUUGUCUGGUUCUUCCUGUUGGGGGCCGUUCUGCCAAUUCCGCUCUGGCUAUACAGUCGCAACAAGAAGAACAGCAUUGUGCGAAAAAUAAACCUGCCGCUGGUGUUCGGCACGAUGUCCUGGAUUCCGCCGGCUACAGGACUCAAUUUCUCGGUGUGGGUGCUGGUGUGCUACGUCUUCAACUACCACAUCAAACGCCGCGCGAGCGCGUGGUGGGCCAAGUACACCAUGACAAUGAGCGCGGCGCUCGACUCAGGAUUGGCAUUCGGUAUCGUGAUUGUCUUCUUUGGCUUUGUGUACCCGGGCCUGAUGAAGGGCUUCAGCUGGUGGGGGACAGAGGUUUACAAGCAGGGCUGCGACUGGCAGGCGUGCCCUUACAAGACGCUGCCCGAGGGCGCGCAUUUUGGACCAGACACAUGGUAA